AUGAAUCUACAAGAAGUGGAAGCUUCAUAUAAUGAAAUCACCUCAUCAGCACUAAAACUUAUCAUGGAGAUUUCAAUAAAUAAACUGAAGAAUUUUCAAAGUACCUUACAGCCAACAACAGGACCAAUUAUAAGAUCAACAGAGAAUAAAAAUAAUUUAUUAAUGGAUAACUCCAACAGAUCAACUACAUUUGAAUCAUCCCAACAUAUCUCUCCCAAAAAGACAUCUAAUAUUUUAUCACCAAGUAAUCGCCUAUACAGGAUUAUGGUAAUUUUAAAAAUUGCUAAAAAAGCAAGAUCUGUAUUAUUAAACCGAGAAGCACUUAAUACACCACAAACGGAUGAUAAGUCAGUUGAUGUACAAAAUAUUUCCUCUUCCGAAAAUAACUCAAACAAUCCUUCAUAUAAUACACAACAAUGUGAUCUUGUGAAACAACCCAAUACACCUAAUCUGAGCUCAGUUCAAACAAAAACGUAUUCAGAACUAAGCGUUUCAUAUCCAAGCAAGCAAAAUGAACAAAUGUGUCAACGUGUCUAUGAUUCUGUUCCAGAUAACUCUUCAGCAUGCAAUGGCAAUAAAAGAGCAUUUGAUUCUAAACUAUCUACCCCGAUACCUGAAAAACGUGCAUUUUUAAAUUUUCAAAGUGAAAAUCCUUUGAAACAUGAUAAGUCAUCACAUCAAAAUACAUCAAAUGUGAUGCAUAGUUUAACUACUCAAUACAAUACAGAGAAUAUGAAAAAUAGUCCAGUUGAACCAAUAUUUAAUCAAAAUGACAAUAACGAUGAUGAAUAUGACGAUACUAACGAUGAGGACGAUGAUGAUGAUGUUAUUAUGUAUUCAAAAUCUUAUCCGUUGUGUAAAUGUCGAUUGUCAAUUCAAAAUUCUGAAGUAUGUGGUUUAGGAAAUGAUCUAAUCGCACCAAAUAAAGUAUUAUUAUCGAGUACUUCUCUUCAACAAAUGAAUCAUUCAAUGAAUUAUGAAGAAAUUAGUAAUGAUUAUGGACGAGAUAUGUGUAUAUGUCUUUCUAAUUCACCAAAUUCACGACCAUUGAUUACUGGAAUAAUAUGA